UUUAAAAGUUUACCGUAAUAAAGUAAUAAGUACUUUAAUUUUAAACGUAUUUUAUAAAAGUUUUUUGUGAUUAUAAUUUUCAAAAAUAAGUGAACUUCCUGACGGAAAACACAUUCAACGUCAUCAUGGACUUGAGUUCCGAAGAAGAAGAAAUUAGAAAAUUAGAAGAAAAUUUAAAACAGAAAAAAGAACAUAGAAGACUAAGAAAACAAUUAGAAAAGAUGAAUACUUCGCAAUCUGAAGGGAAUUUAUGUUCCUCAAAAAAGCCGACAGAUCCAAUACAAACAGAAGAUACUUCAAACAAACACGCUUUUGCAUCUCGGAAUAAUCAGCAAAGUAAAGAAAGGACCAAAGAAAAUACACAUCAAAAGAAGCAGAUUCGUGAAGAAAAGGAUGGAAAAGUAAGGGAAGCUUUUUCGAAAGAGCGGACAGAUCUAAUAGCAAUAGAAGACACUCCAAACAAGCAAGUUGCUCUAUCUGAAGCCAGUCAUCAAAUUAAGGGAAAUACCGAAGAAAAUACAGUUCCAGGGAACCGGGCUGGACAAGCAACAGAUGGCGAAAGAAAUAAAACUUCGUCGGAUAAGGUUUUUGAAAAACGAGCAGGAACCACCGACAAGGGAAAAAAAUACGAAGAUUUGGUUACCGCUAAAGUCGCACUACAAUUUGUAAGCGACAGUAAAAUAAGAGAUUUCUACAUUUCUUCGAACGAUAAAAGUUUUGGUGAUUUUGAUGACGUGGUUAUUGAAAUUGAGACAGAUAGCGGAAUAAAAACAAAAGCACUGCAAUUAAAACACAGUAAUGAAAAAAAACAAUUACAUAUAAAGCAACUGGCAGGCAAAAAGGGAGACUUUAGUAUAAUCAAAUAUUUCAAAUCUGCUCAAGAGGUUCAAGGCGAAGUGCAAGAAUUUAUAUUAUUCACCAGAAAUACAUUUAAAACUUCAGAUGAAACAAAAUUUAAACUAGAAGGAGAAGAGUUUUACCUGAAGGCGAUUAAAAAGACAGUUUCAGGAGACGAUUUCGAUAUUUUAAGAAUUUCUGAAGAUAUAGAUUAUUAUUAUACAUUUCAAAUCGUAGAGGACGAGUGGACUAAACAAAAUUCUGAAAAAAUUCAGCAGUACCAAACAUUCUUCCAGUGCUUUCGUCUUUACACAAACCAAGAAAGUUUUGAAGCUCUUAAAAAAUCAACAAUGGAUAAAUUUACUGAGAUGUUUUGCUCUAACGAAGAAACAUUCAAGAAAUACUUCGACGUGAUAUCGGAAUGGAGUUUGAAAGAAAAAGAAAAAGAAAAACUAAACAAAAGAAUGAUGCAACAUGCAAUAGCACUUCGUUUGCUUUCAUCUCAGAUCGAAACAUUUGUUUUUGGUUCAGUCACAGAAGAAAUGAAAAUACUUCGCGAGGCUAUUUGUUCGUUCAAGAUUACGUUGUUAGAGAAAGAAGGCAGCAACGCAAUUAAAAACUUGUGGGGCGACUUGAACAAAAGUCUUGACCAUAAGGAACUAAACAAAGUUCGAUCACUUUAUUCUCUUUCUUCAAAUUACAUAAGUUGUGUCGAAAAUUUGGAUGCAAAUUUGUUGACACAGUUGCUUUGGCUGAUGGAGAAAAGUCCGCUUAUUGUGAAAGAACACGUCAAUAUGGAGAAAGCUUUUAACCUCUGUCCAGAUGCAAAAUUUAUUAUACUUGGCGAAGGAAAAUAUGAAGAAUGGUUGAAAGAACGAUUUGUCUUUCAAAACUUAUCCAACUUGAAAUCAAAAGGCGAAUUAUAUGAAAAAGUAUUGCAAAAUUUCACCAUUUCUUUACAAGGGAAAGAACCAAUUAAGUUAGUGACCGCUUUCGAAAAAAAUGAAGAAAUUUUCAAACAUGUUACUGUGGAAAAACUUUUAAAUAUGGCAAAUGGUCCGUGCUAUAUAGAUGGAAAAAAGGAAGAUUUUCCCAAUCUUUAUAUCGAUAGGUAUUUGUCAGUCAAUAUUAUAAACACUGAAUAUUUAGAACAUGUUGAUCGAAAUACUGUUAUCAUUUUAAAUUGCGAAAGUAAUUCUCAACAAUUGAAAAUAUCUAAAAAGCAUACUCUAACAGACAUCGAGGAUUUUUUAAGUAAUACAGACCCCAAAAUUUUUGAAAAACCAAUUUUUAUAAGGAGUGAAAAAAAUUGCAGUGAUUCUGAUUUUCAGAAAAUAUGUUCUAAGGGAGCAGCAUCCCACACUGUACACUAUUUUAAAUUUUUCAACGAUCAAAAUUUAGAAUGGAUUUUAAGCAAAGGAUCUGUUAGUGAACUGCGAAAAUAUAAAUUACCUAAUCGUUCCAAAAACGAAAAGGAAAUUUGGUCUUCCCAAUUCAGGAACAACAUAAAUCUAAUAACAGGUGACCCAGGAAUGGGCAAAACCGAGUUAAUGAAGAGUCUAAAAAACAACUGUUGUGCGAGAUAUUGGACCGUGAUUCUGAGUGCUCAAGAUGUUAUGACUUUCUUUAAAAAUUCAGCAAAGUCUGAAAUAUCAGCAGACUUAGAACUAUUCGAAGCAUUCAUUUUAAACGAAAAAUAUCGACACUUCGCUGGGCUCGAUCGCGAAUUUUUUAAAAUGUGUUUAAAGCAACGCAAUGUGGUUUAUGUAUGGGACGCUCUUGAUGAAAUAUUUACUCGCUAUUUAAAUGCUACUUUAGAUCUCAUUCUUAUGUUUUCACAAAAAAAUUGCAUUCAGUGGGUUACUACAAGGCAACAUUUGAGAUCUUCUCUUGAAGAAAAAUUUAAUAUUCUGUCAGUGAGUAUUAAUCAGCUCAACGAAGUCGAGCAAGAAGAUUAUAUUAAAAAACGUCUUAACAAUUUUAUUGAGCCUGUAGAUAUGAAACCAGUCAUCGACAAAAUUAAAUCCACGUUUGCAUUUACAAAACAUAUAGAUAUAUUGGGAAUCCCUCUUCAAAUUUUUAUGCUUACAGACGUAUUACUUAAAAACAAGGAAAACUAUUUAGACUUAUUAAACAAUAAAUUUCUCCUGACUGACAUGUACCGGUACUUUAUUGAAGGAAAAUUUAAGUUUUUCUACGGAGAUAAAGUGCCCGUAAACAAUGAUUAUUGGGAAGAAGAAGUAAAGAAAAAAAAGGAAGAGAAAUUAAAACAGUAUGAAAAGUUGGCGCUCAAAGUAAUAUUUCCUGAAGGUGUUUUGAAACAAUUAAAGAUAGAUUAUUCUCAAGAUAUAGAUUCUGUUUCUGAAGAUUUCGCAACUAUCGGUAUCGUGACUGGGCUACAAAAGGACAGUCCGCAAUUUGCACAUGCUUCAUUUGCCGAAUAUUUUGUAGCCUUAUAUUUUUCUAAAAAUUUUAGAAUGGCACGCAGAGACAUAUUUUUUGAUCAAAAGUAUAACAAUGUACGCUUUUUCUUCGACAUGAUAACUGGCAAAGAUUCACCGGUUCACAUCGCGAUUUUAUACAGAAAUUUUGAUGAAGUGGAGAACUUUGAAGACGAAAUAAUAAAACGUAAAGAUGAGUGUAGAAGAAAUGCCUUACAUCUCAUCUGUUCUUGGGGACAACGACAUGGGCGUUUAAAUGUAAAACAUCAUAACAAGAGUUAUGUUAUCGAGACAAGUCGGCAGAUUAUGCGUAGUUCGUUGGAAACGAAACAAUAUUUUAAAGCGUUAUUGUUUUUGUUAGACAAAUGUGAAAUAUUAGAAGAAGAUUUUUUACAUCAACUCACACCCUUAGCAUGGGCACAAGAAAGUGAGAGUUUGGGAGCGGAACUGGAAUUAUUGCAAUCAUGCAAAUUACAACUGAAAAAUUCGUAUAGUCGAACAGACAAAAUUAAUAUUUUAUUUUUUGCCGCUUUGCACGGAUACGCAGAAGCCUUUAAAACAUCAUUCUCAUCUUCGAGUAUUUCUAAUAAUGAAGUAAAUUUUAGUGAUGAAUUCGAUGGUGGGACGCCUCUUAUAUUAGCUUCUCGAGAGGGCCACGAAACAGUUGUAGAGUACUUGGUCAAAUACGGAGCCGAAAUCAAUCGCGCUGAUAAAUAUGGUGAGACACCGCUUUACGCAGCUUCCUCUCGACGUCACGAAAAAAUUGUCGAAUGCCUGGUGAAAUGCGGAGCAAAAAUUAAUCCAGCUAAUACAUAUGAGAACACAUUGCUUUACGAAGCUUCCUCUGGAGGUCACGAAAAAAUUGUCGAAUGCCUGUUGAAAUGCGGAGCCGAAAUCAAUCGUACUUAUUAUAAUGGUGAGACACCGCUUUACGCAGCUUCCUCUCAAGGUCACGAAAAAAUUGUCGAAUGCCUGGUGAAAUGCGGAGCCGAAAUCAAUCGCCCUAGUGAAUAUGGUUGGAAUCGCCCUAGUGAAUAUGGUUGUAAUAGCUCUAGUGAAGAUGGUUGGAAUAGCCCUAGUGAAUAUGGUUGGAAUAGCCCUAGUGAAUAUGGUUGGAAUAGCCCUAGCAAAUAUGGUUGGACACCGCUUUACGCAGCUUCCUCUCGAGGUCACGAAAAAAUUGUCGAAUGCCUGGUGAAAUUCGGAGCCGAAAUCAAUCGCGCUAAUGAAGAUGGUGAGACACCGCUUUACGCAGCUUCCUCUGAAGGUCACGAAAAAAUUGUCGAAUGCCUGGUGAAAUGCGGAGCCGAAAUCAAUCGCGCUAAUGAAGAUGGUGAGACACCGCUUUAUGCAGCUUCCUGUCGAGGUCGCGAAAAAAUUGUCGAAUGCCUGGUGAAAUGCGGAGCCGAAAUCAAUCGUACUUAUUAUAAUGGUGAGUCACCGCUUUAUGCAGCUUCCUCUCGAGGUCACGAAAAAAUUGUCGAAUGCCUGGUGAAAUGCGGAGCCGAAAUCAAUCGGACUGAUUAUAGUGGUUGGACACCGCUUUACGCAGCUUCCUUUGAAGGUCACGAAAAAAUUGUCGAAUGCCUGGUGAAAUGCGGAGCCGAAAUCAAUCGGACUGAUUAUAGUGGUUGGACACCGCUUUACGCAGCUUCCUUUGAAGGUCACGAAAAAAUUGUCGAAUGCCUGGUGAAAUGCGGAGGCGAAAUCAAUCGCGCUAAUAAUAAAGGUCGGACACCGCUUUACGCAGCUUCCUUUGAAGGUCACGAAAAAAUUGUCGAAUGCCUGGUGAAAUGCGGAACCGAAAUCAAUCGCGCUGAUAAAGAUGGUUGGACACCGCUUUACGCAGCUUCCUCUCGAGGUUACGAAAAAAUUGUCGAAUGCCUGGUGAAAUGCGGAGCCGAAAUCAAUCGCGCUAAUGAAGAUGGUAAGACACCGCUUUACGCAGCUUCCUCUCGAGGUCACGAGAAAAUUGUCGAAUGCCUGGUGAAAUGCGGAGCAAAAAUUAAUCCAGCUAAUACAUAUGAGAACACAUUGUUGUACGCAGCUUCCUCUCGAGGUCACGAAAAAUUGUCGAAUGCCUGGUGAAAUGCGGAGCCGAAAUCAGUCGCGCAGACUUUCAAUAUUUUAUUGCCAUCCGCCGCCUCAUUUUUUUUAUUGUUAUUUUGUUGAUCUUAUCAGGGACGGUAAUUUUGCUCUAUAUCUAUUAAAAAGAAUGUUACCUUAACCUUUGAGAGAUAUUAUUACAUACUUUAAUUAUAGGAUUUAUAUUAAAAAAAAUAGAAUUAAAAAAAAACUGAA